AUGACAUUAUUGCCUUGUUCCAUCGUGUACUUACAGGGCUCUAAUGGUUGUGGCAAAACUUCCUUACUAAGGAUGAUAGCUGGAAUACAAAAUCCAACAAAGGGAAAGAUAUUAUACCGAUCAUUAGAAUGUGAAGAAAUUAAAAAACCAUAUUGCAAUUAUAUUGGCCAUAAUAUUGGUUUAAAAUCCGAAAUAACUAUAUUAGAAUAUUUAAAAUUUUGGAGUAAAAUCUAUGACUCUAUUGAGUUACUUGAACCUGCAAUAUAUUAUUUUAAAUUACAUCAUCUUUUACACGAAAAAUGUUAUAAACUUUCUGCGGGCAAUCAAAAAAAAAUUGCCUUAGCCAAACUAAUGGCCUGUCAAACAGAUUUGUGGUUAUUAGAUGAAAUAGAAGCAAAUCUUGAUCAAGAAAAUAAAGAAUUAUUAUAUAAUUUAAUCACCUCCAAAGCUAAUAAUGGAGGGAUUAUUAUAUUGACCUCUCAUGCCUCUCCUCUUAUUAACACCGCUCAGGUUUUCCUAAGUUCCGCAACACCUUACACCUCUAUUGGCCCUGAAUACCAAACCAUAAAAUCUUCCCUUGGUAAAGCAUGGUAA